AUGGGUCUACUAGCAGAGGUAGUUGGUCAAAUCUUGUUCAGUUUUACGAGAGGCGUAACAGAGCACUACAAUCCAGAGGAACCUGAAUUCACUGCAGAAUUUUUUGGCUACGAUCCUUUAGAAAGCACUGGUCGAGAAUGGUAUUAUCAGCCAGUUGAUGAGCUUAUUUACCAAGAAUACAGUGACAGAGAAGCUACCACAUGGGAUUAUCUACCUUCUAACAGUCUUAAUAUCCAGGUUCUCGAUGCGCGCUCACCAGAUGAAGAACCAGAAGAAUAUCAAGACGAAAACAGGGCAAUGGCUUGGAAACGCCUGCGGCCACCCGCUCUCAAUACGGUUGGCAAAUCAAUGUGCAUUGGAGCUUUGAUCUCGCUUCUUGCUGCCACCUUUUUGGGUACAACACACACCGUAAUAUCUUGCGUGCGUUUUAAGAGUUUAACUUUAAGCUGCUAUAAUCACUCAGACAACUCCUUAUCAACUCAAAUGCAAUGGCAAAUAACCAUUUCUGGUAUGAUUUGCAGUGGUUUUUUUUAUAUUUGGCCUUUUACGAUUUUGAUUUUUCUUUUUCGUCCGUUUCAAUUGUUUGGGGUAAAAAGAUUCUUGUGUCUAAUUUCUUUUUUUUUGCUACUGUUUGGAUUCACUUUAUCGCGGUUUUCUUCGAGCCUUAACUUUAUCGGUUCAUGUGAGCAUUUCCAGCUUUUUAGCACGGUUUCCACUACAUGCAAUAUUUAUCAUCUGCGUUUCCUUGGAACUGUACGUGGUGACCAAUCAUUUCUGCCCACGCUCAAGAACAAUAAAAAAAAUUUCCUUGUUCCUUCAACUAAUGGUACCUGUCUGUUUUACUUUCCUACUGGCACAAAUUUCUUACUAUUCUCUUUAUCCAUAUUACGUCGAAAGCAAUCACAAAUUUUUAUUCGCUCUUUUUGCGCCUAUUAUUGGAGUCGUUUUGAAGACGUUCUCUCGCAUCUGUGCUCAGCGGUUAUAUAACAUUACUCAUCCGGGAUAUUCUUAUGUUAUGCUUGUGCCGUUGUUUUACGGAACAGCGAUAAUGUUUCGAGUUUUGCAGGCAGAUCUUGACAAUCUACAAUUCAUCAUUACAAUAGGAAUCGUCCACGGUGCUGGAGAAGUUAUAGAACGAAGUACAAUGGUUUUAAUUGAUCACAUUUGUUAUGUGCUGUGGAGAAGAAAAUCAGCUUCUUGGGGGACUUUUCGCACCCCUCGCCGUGAGAGACUCAUGGCUGAUAUUGCUAUCAUGAGCAUGUUGUCUGAAUCAACUGCUAUAGUGUCAGUUAACGGGUUUAUUUACUUGCACAAGUUUCUUUGCCUGCGAGAAAACUCACUUUUACCGUUAUUACAGUUAUUUGCCAAGAGCACCUCAUUUCAGCUAGUGAUUGAAUGGUUUUUCACUAGCGUUUCUUUGGCAAUCGAGACUCGUUAUCAGAAUUUGGCGGUCAUGGCUGUUUUGCGAAGACGAUGGAAAAGACACCUUUUAGUGGCAAUUGUGAACGUAGUUCCCUUAACUAUUUAUACGAGCGAAAAUCUUUUGGAACUUAUU